UGUAAUGAGGGCUUAUGAUUCUCUCAAAGAAGUUUGUGCCAAAUUGAAUCUUGGAGCCCCCGAGCGCAUCACUUCUGUAUCCUUGUAUCCAUGAGGAAGUACAUUGCUACAUUAAGCCAAAAUGCUUUGGGUAUGCGCCGCCUGGAAGGAAGAAGGGAGGGAAGAGGAAGGGACUGUUCCAAGUAAUUGGAUCAGAGAUGAGACGGUCCAUUGGCCAAAUGUCACUAAUGUGCUGAGAGCCAUGACCUCAGGAAAGGUCCCAAAUGCCUCAUGGCAAAUGUUCUUAUUAAGGAGAAAUUAAUAUCAGAGAGCAGAGCCGAGUGUGAAUCAUACGAUCUCACUUCAGCUGUAGAGACAGAGGAUGAGAAGGAGGAAAAUGACCAACGAGUUUCAAGAGAAAGAAAAAGGCGUGUUUUUAGUGACUUUUACACUGGCUUGAGAGCUAACAACAGGAUGGAGCCAAGAAGGAAAUCUCCUACAGGAUGGUCGGAAAGACUUGGUCACUAGCAUCCAGCCCCUCUCCUCUUCCUACAUUAGCAUCUCCAAGAAGGUCACCAAGAAGGCACAGUGCCAAUAGAACAAUCGAGCAGUCCUCAUCCAGACAUAUACCAGGGGCACUUCGGCAUAUCCAAUGUCAACGGCAAAAUUUCAAAAGAAAGUUAUGACCAUGUUAGCAGACAUCAGAUUGGAACUGCAUGAGCAACGGGAGGGAAAAGAAAUGGCCAUAUCAGACCUUCAAACAAUUCCCUUUCAGGCGCGAAGCAUCGAGGAAUUACAGAGGAUCGAUGACACGUUGAAAAGUCCUGAAGACUGUUUGAAAAUGACUAUGGCCCUUGCAUAUGUUGGUGAAAGCAGCAUCAAUGAAAAUGCCAGGAAAAUCCUCCAGAAGUUGAUGACAAAUGAAACCAUGUCUGCCUACAGCAUUAAAGGGAAGAAAGGAAAGCUAAGAUUUCAGAAUCUGAAAUUGUUUCAAGUUGUGCUUGAUGCUGCAGUCCGUACUAUGCAAUGUACAGAAACAACAGCAGAGACAGCCAUGUCUGUAGCCUUAAAGUAUGCCCCAGACAGGAGAGGAGGGGAUGGAAGGAAGAAGGCUGAUGGGGAGCUGCUUCUGUCAUAAUAAAAAUAUUAUCAUGACACUGAAAUCAAUUGUCUUUAUUGCUUGAUUUAAUCAUCUUUAUUACGUAAAUUUAUGCAACAGGAAAUUUUGAUUUAGGAUAACAUUACGUUACAACAACGUUGUAUAAACGUUACAUAAACGUUGCAUAUACGUUAUAUAUACGUCAUAUCACAACGUCUUCACAACGUUGGAAAAGACGUCUAGAAAACUUUCACUGACAACCUUACCACAACCAAAUCCCAACGUCAGAAACCGACCUUAUGGCAACGUUGCUACAACGUCAUGUGCCCA